GACAGCGAUGCGCUCAGAGGAAAAGCCGCACGCACCGCUGCAGUUCAGACGCUCAAGGAGCGAAACCUCUGUGUUUCUGCACCAGCGCGAAGAAGACUCACCGCUACACUCCUGCGUGGAUUACCGACCUGACACAACUGAAACUCGCCUCAGAUAAGUAGGAAAUAACCCAACCUGUUCGUUUAAAUCGAUUUCAGAUCAGCGCCGAAAGCGGCAAACGCGAAAGUGCAGUUUAAAGAUUUGGCACAGCCUACUAUGAGACUUUCGGGCUGUCAGAAAUAUUCCGGAUAGUUGUUGGUCCUUAAAAGGUGACACGUUUUUAUCUCCAAGACCAGUGUUUAUGAAUGCGUGACGCGGAAGUAAAGCAUGAUUCUCGGAUGAAAAAGCCCAGAGACACACACUUUGGGAACUAAUGUGAAUUUAAAGCACUAGGAUGUAGUUCUGUCGGACCAGAGGGGAGGAUUCGGACCUCAAGAAUGAACUUAGUAAGCCACCUCUGCUUACUUUCUGUGCUAUAAAGACACAUAAAGCCAUGGGUUGAAAGCGACGAUGAUAGACUGCGGGGAUAUUCUACGUGGGAGGGAGCAGAAUUUUCUGUGUUAUGUAAUGAUUGACAGUGCCUGAUAAUUAGUGGCAGAUCAUACAUAGCAUCACCGACCCAUUACCCCUAUCCCCCCCUUCCCCUGUAUGUCGAGGAGGCUUAAGAGUGGUUGAUGUAUUUGAGAUUCAUAAUGUUUUAUAAUGAACUAAAAGCUGAGCUCUUAAAGUUAAUGAGCAGGAUAUGUCACAGGUCAGUGGAUACAUUUAUAUUCUACUUGUUCCUCUGUAUAUUAUUUUGCUCAAGUUCAUUAUAGAUCUUUAAUCAGCCUCAUUUAGCUAAAAUACGUACCCCUAUCACUCCCUCCCAGUCUCAGUCUGUUUUUAAAUAUUUUGCUUAAUUAAUUCAUAUUCAUCAUGAUGCCCCAAACUCUUGACCCGCUCCAUGCUGAUUUGGCAAGGUCUUUCAAAAUGACUGUGACUUCAGGAAAUCAGACAAUCAACAGUGUCUUGAGCUUCUUUUUGAGCUUUGAACUCUUUUCUCGGCAUUGCAGCGUAUUUAAUGGCUAUUAAGAUGCUAUAAUGCUCAUUUCUGCCCUCAGAUUUGGGGAUAUGUAGUCAUUCUGAACUUCUCAACAUCUUAAUAUCUGUGACUUCCUGUUUCUGGACAUCUGAAGCCAUCUUCAAUAGAGCCUUCGUUGGUCCCUCCCUCCCCCCCACUCAUCAGGGCUGGUGGGGGGGGUGGAUCUCGGCCCCACGGGGUCGAAACUGUGGUGGUGGCUGGUGGUGGUCAUACCCCUAGAGGCAGGGCUCCCACCAUGGAGACCAGCCCAGAAAGCCCCAACCGGGCAGUGGAGUACCUCCUGGAGCUCAACAACAUCAUCGAGAGCCAGGCCAAGCUCCUGGAGACCCAGCGCCGGCGCAUCGAGGAGCUGGAGGGCCAGCUGGACCGGGUAAGCCAAGAGAACCAGGACCUGAGGCAGGAACGCAGCCCACGGACGCCUGGUUCGGACACCCCCGAGCAGAACCACAACCACAGCCAGCCUCUGUCCCUCCCCAUCCAUCAUGGCAGUGGUGGUGGCGGCAGCAGCGGGAACGGUAACACCUCGGCAGCUCAGGCGAAACCUGGAUCAGCACCAACUGCAGGGCCCAGCAGGGAGAGGAGGACCCACACCAGGCUGACCCGAGGUCUCUCCUGCGGGUCCUCCACCACCGAGCGAGACCGGCUUGAGCGCACCGACAGCACAGACACCAACGCCAGUUCCACCAUACGUAGAAAUGUGGAAGGGGAGUCCCAGUGUCCAGAAACGGGCACCCACAAAGACAGCUCAUUCAGCCAGACACCUUACCUGCGUAGCUCAGAGCGCUACACUGACAGCAGCAGCAGCGCACCCUCUGGUUCCAGGGACCCUUCAUGUGUGGCUGCCUCCAGUUCAGCCAGCUUGGCCUGGGCACUGCGGACACGCCACCAACCUGCGAGUCUGGCCCUCCGCAAGCAAGAGGAAGAGGAGAACAAAAGAUGCAAGGCCCUUUCAGACAGCUAUGAACUCUCAACAGAUCUGCAAGAUAAGAAGGUGGAGAUGCUGGAGAGAAAGUAUGGUGGCUCCUUUGUAAGUCGCAGAGCAGCUAGGACCAUUCAGACGGCCUUCAGACAGUAUCGCAUGAACAAGAACUUUGAGCGCCUCAGAAGCUCCGCUUCAGAGAGCCGCAUGACACGCCGCAUCAUCCUGUCCAACAUGAGACUGCAGUAUUCCUUUGAUGAGCGACAGCCUCCGCAGCAAGCCCAGACACAGACGAACUUCACCCACAGUGUGGCCAUAGGGCCUCCUCAUUCUCCCGACCCCGACCGCCCAGGAGACUACACCCACUUAGAAGACUCCUUCUCCAAACAGGUAAAGUCCUUAGCUGACUCCAUAGACGAUGCCCUUACCUGCCGCGCGGGUCGCGAUGACUCCCAGGAGGGCAGCAGGGAGGGUGGAGGGAUUAGUGAAGACUUUGGGGAGUGUGUGUGGAGCAGCAGCAGCAACCCCUCCUCCCAAAGAGGUUUGGGAGAACGAGCCAGAGGUGCUGGAGGAGGACUCAGUAUGCAUGGCGACAGUACCGCCACCUCGUACAGUGACGUCACCCUUUACAUGGAUGAUGGCAUGCCAUCAUCCCCGCUUUCCCUGGAUCGGGCACCCAGCAGCACAGAUACAGAGUACUGGGGCCCCGGUGGUGGAGUCGGAGGGCGUGAGGACAGCAGGGACACUGAGGGAGGGGGAAGCAGUAACAGUCGGCGCAGCACCCCAUGUACCGAGUGCAGGGACUAUCGUCUAAGGGGCGCACAUCUGCCUCUCCUCACUAUUGAGCCGCCCAGUGACAGCUCAGUGGACAUGAGUGACCGUUCAGAUCGUGGCUCUCUGAGCAGACAGCUGGUCUAUGAGCAGGAGCCUGGGGUAGGCGCUGGCACCUCUCAGGGAACCCUCAAACACUCUCCCAACACAGGCACCCGCCCUUCCUCCACAGCAGCUGCCCAGGGUCAGACCCGGGCCCCUGGCAGACCCAUACCCACACACAUCCCUCACCAGGUGGCGGCACACCACCACCAUCACCACCACCCUAUACACCACCAUCAGUACCCUGACACACCGUCGUCCUCCUCCUCCCCCCAGCAGCCCCCCACCACCCCUCUGUCCUCCUCCUCCUCUACAGCUCUGCCCCCCAGCGGUCUGGAGCAGCCGUGCUGCUCGGACGGAGACAACGACUCACUCAACUCCACUACCAACUCCAACGAGACAGUCAACUGCAGCUCCGGCUCCUCGUCUCAGGACAGCCUGCGGGAACCUCUGCCACCUCUGGGAAAGCAGACCUACCAGAGAGAAAGCCGCCACAGUUGGGACUCCCCGCCCUUCAACAGUGAUGUAGUGCAGAGACGCCAGUACCGCAUAGGUCUCAACCUCUUCAACAAGAAGCCAGAGAAAGGGAUCCAGUACCUGAUAGAGAGAGGUUUUGUAUCGGACACUCCAGUUGGGAUUGCUCGCUUCAUCCUGGAGAGGAAGGGCCUCAGCAGGCAGAUGAUUGGAGAGUUCCUGGGAAACCGACAGAAACAAUUCAACAAAGAUGUUUUAGACUGUGUGGUGGAUGAGAUGGACUUCUCAGGUAUGGACCUGGAUGACGCUCUCAGGAAGUUCCAGGCUCAGAUUAAAGUUCAAGGAGAAGCCCAGAAAGUGGAGAGGCUCAUAGAGGCUUUUAGUCAGAGAUACUGUGUGUGUAAUCCGACCCUGGUUCGGCAGUUCCAGAACCCGGACACCAUCUUCAUCUUGGCCUUUGCCAUAAUCCUCCUCAACACAGAUAUGUACAGUCCCAACGUCAAAGCUGAGAGGAAGAUGAAACUAGAGGAUUUCAUCAAAAAUUUGAGAGGCGUUGACAAUGGUCAGGAUAUACCCAGGGACCUGCUGGUUGGGAUCUACCAGCGGAUACAGAAAUGGGAGCUUCGGACCAACGAUGACCAUGUGUCCCAAGUGCAGGCAGUGGAGAGAGUCAUUGUGGGCAAGAAACCUGUGCUGUCACUUCCCCAUCGUAGGCUGGUGUGUUGCUGCCAGCUCUAUGAGGUUCCUGACCCUAACAGACCUCAGAGGACAGGAGUGCACCAACGAGAGGUCUUCCUCUUUAAUGACCUUCUGGUGGUGACCAAAAUUUUCCAGAAGAAGAAAACCUCAGUGACUUAUAGUUUCAGACAAUCUUUCCCUUUGGUUGAGAUGCAAGUACACAUGUUCCAGAACUCAUACUACCCUCAUGGUAUCCGCCUGACCUCAGCAGUCCUGGGUGGGGAGAGGAAGGUUCUUAUCGUCUUUAUGGCACCCAGUCAGCAAGACCGCACCCGCUUUGUUAGCGACCUCAGGGAGAGUAUUGCUGAAGUGCAAGAGAUGGAGAAAUACAGAGUUGAAUCUGAGUUGGAGAAACAGAAAGGUGUGAUGCGGCCCAGCUUGCUCACUGGAGGUGUGGUUGGAGGAGGCGUAGGUGUGAAGAGCGAUGUUGUGAAUGGCACCCUGGGAAGGACAAGUUUUGAUGACAACUGCUCAGUGGGUGAGGGUCUCAAACGUACAGCGCUCAGCUCAUCUCUCAGGGACCUAUCGGAGACAGGGAAACGUGGUCGCAGGAACAGUGUUGGUUCUCUGGACAGUACCAUGGAAGGCUCCAUCAUUAGCAGCCCACAGCCUCACCAGCGCUAUCCAGUGCCAGGUGUGAUGCCUGGCUGCUACGGAACAGAAGACUUCCGGCCUCACCGCCCCAUCCUGAGCCCCGGAACGGGGGUGGGGGGUGGGCCGGGGCAGCAACAUACCACUGCUGGGACAGGAGUUGGGGGAGUCUCCAGCAGUGUAGAGAGACCAGGAGCGGGGAGCGGCCCUGGGGGGAGCAGCAACAACAACAGUGGCUCCUUCCUGGGCUCCCUAUUCGGCAGCAAACGCGCCAAACCACCAGGGCCCCUUAUUCCACCGGGGCCACCCUUCCCCGCACCUGUCCCCCCACCGACUACGGGAGGGCCCCCUCCUCACUCCCCUUCAUCUCUGUGCCAGUUGGACGGGGGGCCUUCCAAGAUCCAGGCACUGCACGCACAGUACUGUCACGCAGCCACCGUGCAGCCCCCACCACCUUACUACCAUCACCAUCGCUACCACGUCCAAACUGUCCCUCCUCCAUUGCAAGGUAUGCCCCCUCAUACUAUACAGAGAGGCCCACUACCCUGUCGUCCACCGCUUGGUCCACCAAACGCCCAGCACCCGCAGCUGGCCCAUCUCUCCCAGCUCUCCCAGCAUGGGUUUCCGGGUCGUUACGCCAACAUGGUGGUGGGAUGUCCCCCCCCCCUUUCUCCUCUCUCCCAACAUUCCCAGAACCCACAGUUCGCUCUCUACCACGCGCAGUCCACACACUGUAUCAGAGGGGCCGGCGGCCCUGGUGCCAAAAUACCACUAACCAUGUCUCACUCCCACCCGCACCCCCACGCACACUCCCAAACCCACCCCGGACACGUGCACACACCACACCCAGUCAGCCACUCCACCCACCAAACACACUUCAUAUUCGGCACUCUGCCCCACAAUCUACCAUCCGCCACCGUCAAUGCGCAUCACGCAGCCUCCGCCGCCCAGUAUCUGCCCCAGUACCCUCCUCUCUCUUCCAUCCCCCCUCCCCCACCACACUCCCCUUUACCCCCCCCUUCGUCCCCCCUUACCCCUCUUACACCUCUCUCCCCUCACCCCCCCCAGCACCCCGGGCAGCCUCAGCAGGGGCCGCAGGUGACGGGGGCUGGAGCGACAGGUACAGGGGGCAGCUCCAAAUCCAAACCUAUCAACCGGAUAAGUACCGUGGUGUGAGCAGGAUGUGGGGCCCCAGGGGUCAUAGAUCAGAUUAUAGAGUGGAGGAGGUUGGCAGAGCUAGGGCUAGGACCAAGUCUGCCAGGACAGAAAGUAACAGCAGCAGCGCUAGUGACAAGAGGAAACGCAGUUUGCUUCGUCUCUGUUACUUUCACCUCCGUUUCCCACAUAUGUAGGUGGAGAUAAAAAGCACAGCUAGAGUUAAAUAGCAUGUGCACACAUCUUUGAAACCUGCACACACAGAAACACACACAUAUCCACAUCUACAUGAACAAACACUCCUCACAAUUACAAGUCUAUAGCCAUAUAAUUUAAGAUGAAAAUAAAUCUAUAUCUAGGUACACAGGUAUAUUGCCUCAGUUUUAAUUGUUUGAAGUCUAGUUGAGUCUGUAUGAGACUAUUUACAUGUACAGUACCAAGAUGUGAUAAUGUGACACUGGAAAAACGGAGACCAUAUAUAUCAAGCUGCUUACAUGGGGAUGUAAAUAAAGACUAAACCACCGAAUGCAUUCCAGCGGAGUUUGGCAUUAGACAGAGAGUUGCAAACAAUGUCCCUUGACUUUGCAAUAAUUUACUUGGCUUCAUGAUGUCCCCAUCCAUUCUUGCAGGUUCUGCUUUGCUGACAGGCAUCUUUUUUUCUAAAGAAGACCUCAGAUAUGUUGCUUUGUCUUAAACUUCUAAAACCAGUGCACGGUUUCCUGACAGGCUUUUGCUUAAUGGUCUUUUACAUGUCAACAGGAGCCACCUGGCUUUAUAAUGCAUUCCUUGUAGGUUAUGGGAAUUAAUGAUACAAUCAAUAAUAUAUUUUGAAUGUUUCUGAAGCUUCUUGCUGUUUUAUCGAUAUUAUAAUAGACCUGCUAUGAGUAUGAUGAAUAUUGUCCGAUAAUUGUUUUGAUCAGUGAUUAAUUAUAUCAGCAGAUGUUUGUACAUGGUUAUAGAGAGUAUAUGCACAUAUAAAUUCCCUCAGUUUGCCAUAGCCACUAAGGGUGUUCUGAUAUGUGAAGUGUGAUUUAUUUCCAUAGUACCAUGGUUUCCAUUGAGUUCAUCUUUUUAAUUAGUAUUAUUGAUUGUUGAAAAUAAUGAAUGAGGUUUAGCUUUGUUCAAAUUGAUUUGAACACCAACAAUAUCCCUCCUUUUCUGUUUUGUUUGAUGUGAGCAAACAGGGGCACAAUUUCUCAAAUGGGGUGACUAACAAAACUUGAACUUACAGAAUGGAUCUGAGUAAAUGUUUUUUUGAUUUUUGAUUUUUAUGAGGCUCCCAGUAUUGGAAAAAGGCUUAAACAUGGAUGUGGAAAUUGGAAAAAGACCUGGAUUUUGGAAGAUGCCAUUCCCUCAUAAUUAUACAGGGCACCUACACUUUCUUUCUCGCACUCAUCAGAUUUAGUCAUUGUGUGUUUUAUAUGUUUUGAAGAAGCACGCUUUUACAUGAGGUUUUGUGGUUUUGCACAUUUGAUGUCUUAAGUCAGAAAUGGCAGAAUCGUCCCUCUUUGCCACUUUUAGAAAUCUCUUAUUACAUUUUCUGAUGCCAUGGGAUCCUGCUGAGGGCUUCUUGUUUAAAAACAUAACAAGAGUCAAGAAUGUAAAAUAGCCUACAGUUAUAUACUGUAUUUCCCCUUUUUCUGUGGGCUUCGUGUAAAUGUUGCCCCCUUUUGCUACUGCAUUUUUGAGGUUAUAAUUGAGCACUGAUGUGGUUUACCUUCAGUGUCAUUGAUUACCAAGGGAAAACUACAUAUAUUCUGAUUUAGGAGAGAAUGAAUAGGUGAGAGCAAAGUAAAAAAGUCUAUGGAACAAACUACUGAAAGAGAUGGCAAAGUUCAAGAAGAUCUGAAUCCUCAAUUAAAGGAUUUUAAGGAGGGGUGGAGAAAGUCAAGAAUGUCAGAUGAAGAUUUUCUAAGUAUGUGUUGGCUAGCCUUUUCUUUUUAUGGUGUCCUUUUUGACUCUUUUUGCAUGAAUAUAUCUGCACUUAUUGAAUAGAUUGUACUGUAUAAACCUGAAUGUACAUAUUAUAUUAUACAUAGGCUUCUUAUCAUAACUAUGGGAUGAACUACUCCCAUUCUGUAUGCAGGUGCGUGCAUGUGAGUGCCACUAAGUAUGUACAUACAAAAGAGGGACAGGGAUAGGAGAUGUUGGCCAAAAGAAAUAUUGACUUCUUAUUUUUUUUCUUAUUAUUUCAGACAGAAGGUGAGAGAAUGAGUUACCGUGAUAUAAAUUGAAGCCUAAAGAAAGUUUAUGUCAGUGCACUUACCGAUAUCAUUUUAAACAAAUGAUUUCAAUUUUUUUCUUUGUGUAUGUAUUAUGUGUACUGAAAGAAUAGAGAAUUGAGAUGUGAAUAUUUAUUGCUUCUGAUAAAUUAAAGUGUCCUUGCAGUGAA